AUGUUAGAUAAGAAAGCAGACAAAACAGAGCUUCAAACAUUAAAGACAGAAAUACUUCAAACAUUAUAUCCUAUAGGUUCUAUUUAUACGUCAAUGAAUUCAACAAAUCCAGAAACAGUUUUAGGUUUUGGUAUGUGGGAGCAGAUUGUAGAUAAAUUCUUAUACUGUGCGAACUCUUCAAAGCAAACAGGAGGUUCGAAGAAAAUUACUGAAGCAAACCUUCCACCGCACACUCAUACAGGAACGACAAACUUUUCUGGCGACCAUAGCCACUCAUUACGAGACCAUCCAUUAUACAACUCAGAAUAUAAAGCUGGCAAUGACGUUUUAUCUCCAGAUUAUAACCAUUCAGCAAAAAAGACUUUUCGACAAACUGAACCAGGAGGAAAUCAUUCACACACUUUCACAACAAAUCCAACAGGAAGUGGAGCAGACUAUAUGCCACCAUUUGUGACUAUAUUCGCAUGGUACCGCGUUCAAUGA